AUGGACCACUCAAUCCCGCCCCCUCCAAGCUACUCUCAGCAAGACCCAGCGUAUGAAGAACCUCAAAUCAUUCUGGUCCCGACUGUCGAUGCAGUCAACUUUCAGAAGGGAUAUCUGGGUGCUGACGGUGAACGCGCAGCAAUCGAGGGAGAAAUACAAGUUAAAGGUAUCGAUCCCAAGCGGUGGACACGAGUAACUGUAUCCCUGCGCACAUAUGAGAUGGCCUACCAGCAUGAGAUCGAGCUCACUCUGACUGAACUUGAGCUGUACUCGCGGCGUUCAGGACCGCUUGGGACGUCUUCCUUUCCUUCGACGUUUCCCUUCUCGAUCCCAUUGAUGCCCGACACCCCCCAAUCCAUCCAAACCCCGCAUUCUGUUCUUGCUCAUACAUUGACAGCAUCUUUGCAUCCUGUCAAUCCAGCAGAAGCGCCUAUUUCCAAGUCGCUCACGGUUCAUACCCGAAGAUAUACAUCGUCUUCGUCUACGAUACCUACCUCCCCAGAGACCUACGCCUUGGACGAACCGACGAGAGUGGAAGUUCAGGUCCCAAGGACGACGUUCUCCUCAGGUGAAGACAUCCCCCUAUACAUCACCGUUCCACCCCCGACCCGCGAAACUGUGGUCGAUAAAGGCCUGAGGAUCCGCAACAUUCGCGCUGAAUUGGUUCGGGCAAUCAAAGUCAGGCGACAGCUCGAUGCUGAAUCUGAAGGUGAUUCAGACGUUGACAGAUCCGUUGCAUCAGACGAGGCCUCGUUCACGAGCAACAACACUCUUGCAGAGCCCGACGACCCUUCGUCAUCUUCCAAGGCCCCAUUCUCUCCUCUGUUUCUAGGAUCCACCUCCCGCACGGUGAUUGCACGCUCUGGCGCGUCUUGUCGGUUCCACACUUCACGUCCCAUCCAGUUGCGUUUUAUACUCCAUCAAACGCCGGGAAAUACCACACCCUCUGAGUCCCGUACUAGUCUAGCAGGGACAGAAUCCAACCGCCUCGAAAGCGAUGCAGAGAGUGCACUCAUCACUCAACUGACACUUCUUCACAACGUGACAUUUCAUAUCAAAGUAUACAUAUCGCUUGUGGACACCACCAACCACAGUGAGCGUAUCUCAACAAUCACAAUACCUAUUGUGAUAUCGCCCCCUCCUGCACCGCUCCCCCAGGUGUCUCAGGCCAUAGACGAAGCAUACUCGAAGAAGCACGAUCGACCACCUGCCCGGACGAACAGAUACGAAGAGGACAGCACGGUUCCUUACUACACGGUGAACGAACCAGGACCUAGUAUGUACCCCGGAGCCCCUCCCCCGUUUGACGACCGAGAAGCUCCUCCACCAUUUUUUGCUACGGAACUAGAAGCCUCGACGUCGUCACGCCUGCCAACAUUUCAAGAGUCGGAGAAUGAGAUCAUUCUUCCUGAUCCUGAAGAGAGCAGUAGUUCUCUUCCGCCUAUUGUCCCUGCUAUCAGCGGGGAGGGGACUCUGUUUGGAUUUCCGGCCUCACAGCAAUUCGAUGGACAUGCCGAAGACAUGCAACGCUCUUCCACUCCACCACCGACCCUCGAGAUGGCGAGCCAUGAUACUGAUCUGACUUCGUUAGCGGAUCUCCACGACUCUGGACAUGCCACGAUCGAGGCUAUUGGCCUAGUUCUGGAGCCCAACAAUCAAGUUCUGAACAGAGACAUGCAUGAGCUUCAUGAACCGCCUCCGCCCCCACCUCCCAUGGACGACCCUUUGGACCCUCCUCCCUCCAUUGAUUCGGCGUUUAGAACCCCAGAAACUAUGGGCCAGCGCCCAACCACACCGCCCUUACCACCGUAUCUUGUUCCCGAACAUCACCACACUCAUCUGGAUCAUGGACAUCAUGAAGAGCACGAACACGUUAGUGGACCCCCGCCAUAUGUGGACUGA